UCAACAGGGAGAAUUAUAAGCUUCCAAGCAUCUCCCUUCAUGUGAGCUUCAACGUGAGCUGGGCUGCAGUGUGUCUCCAUUCCUUAGAUGGGCUGCUGGUGAAGGACGCUGGGUACAGAGGACUGUUCUCCAGCUCAGUGAGCUGUGCAUUCCUGAGGAGCUGCGAUGACCUAGUGGAGGGCAGGAGAGGAUGUCUCAGAAGAGAGCAUGUCCACGUUUGCUGGAUUAUCUGGUCAUCAUUGGUGCAAGGCAGCCGAGCAGUGAGAGCAUUGCUCAGACCCCUGAGCUGCUACGCCGUUACCCACUGGAGGAUCACCGUGACUUCCCUCUCCCACCGGAUGUGGUCUUCUUCUGCCAGCCUGAAGGAUGCCUCAGCGUGCGGCAGAAACGCACCAGCCUGCGUGACGACUCUUCUUUCGUCUUCACCCUGACCGACAAAGACAGCGGUGUGAUCCGCUACGGGGUCUGUGUUAAUUUCUACCGCUCCUUCCAGAAACGUGGCAGGGACAGGCCUGAGCGGGGGCUACAGCAUGCAAAGGGCAGUGUCGUGGAGACACCAGACAAUGACCAGAACAACUCUGACAGCGGCUCGUCCCUGGCCACGCACAGCGCUGAUUCUACACCCGACAUCAGCCGCUCACCACGGCUGAAGCGGCAUCUGAGGAGUGGAAACCGAUCCCGGAACAGUACCCUGACCUCACUGUGUAUACUGAGCCAUUACCCGUUCUUCUCCACCUUCCGGGAAUGUCUUUACACCCUCAAGCGAUUAGUGGAUUGUUGCAGUGAGCGGCUGCUUAUUAAGAAGGCAGGAAGCCUGAAAGGCAUUCAGAGAGAUACCAUGUGGAGGCUGUUCACUGGCUCUCUGACUGUGGAUGAGAAGUCCAGUGUUAUCCUGCAUGAUGUGCGAGAGAUGGAGUCUUGGAUUUACAGACUGCUACACUCCCCUGUGCCUGUCCCUGGCCAGAAGAGGGUAGAUGUGGAGAUUCUGCCCCGGGAGCUCCAGCCAGCACUUACCUUUGCACUCCCAGACAUGGCCCGCUUCACUCUGGUGGACUUCCCACUGCACCUGCCUCUUGAGCUUCUCGGAGUAGAGCCCUGCCUCCAGGUGCUUAGCUGCAUCUUACUGGAACACAAGGUGGUGCUGCAGUCCCGUGACUACAAUGCACUCUCCAUGAGUGUGAUGGCAUUUGUGGCAAUGAUAUAUCCACUGGAAUACAUGUUCCCAGUUAUCCCCUUGCUUCCCACCUGCAUGGCCUCAGCAGAACAGUUGCUGCUCGCUCCAACCCCCUACAUCAUCGGGGUUCCUGCCAGUUUCCUUCUAUAUAAGUCUGAUUUUAAGAUGCCAGAUGAUGUCUGGCUCGUUGACUUAGAUGCCAACAAGGUGAUUGCACCCACUAAUGCAGAGCUCUUACCCGUCAUGCCUGAACCAGAAGCCACCGAGCUGAAAAAACACUUGAAGCAGUGUUUGGUUAGCUUAAGUGUGAUCAUACAGCAGGAGCUCGCCACAACGGAGAAGAAGGCACUGGCGAGCAUGAGCUUGAACACUCAACCCAUCCUCAAUCUGGAGAAGUUCAACGAAGCACAGGAACUGCCCCUGGGCGGGAGGCCACGGGAUGAACAAACCUCUACCCCAUCCACAGAGUUCAACCCUCUCAUCUAUGGCAAUGACGUUGAUUCUGUGGACAUUGCCACCCGGGUUGCUAUGGUGCGGUUUUUCAAUUCCCCCAAUGUGCUGCAGGGUUUUCUGGCUCACACCCGCACUCUCAGACUUUUCCCUCGGCCCGUCGUCGCUUUCCAAGUUAAUUCCUUCCUGGCAUCAAGACCCAAGCACUCGUUGUUCACAGAGAAGCUGGCUCGGACUCAGGCUGUCGAGUAUUCUGGGGAAUGGUCUCUGAAUCCCACCAAUUACACCUUCCAAAGAAUCCAUAACAGUGUGUUUGACCCAGCUUUGAUUGGAGACAAGCCCAAGUGGUACGCCCAUCAGCUUCAGCCCAUUUACUACCGUGUCUACGACAGCAACUCGCAGCUCGCUGAGGCCCUCAACAUUCCCUUCGAGAAGGACGAUGGCUCUGAGCCGACAGAUGACAGUGGCAGUGACAGUGUGGAAUACAAUGACUCCAGCUCCUCGUACUCCUCCCUGGGUGACUUUGUGAGUGAGAUGAUGAAGUGCGACAUCAAAGGAGAUACACCCAAUGUUGAUCCUCCAACCCAUGCCGCCCUUGGUGAUCCUAGUGAGAUAGAGUUCCAGGGAUUUCAGAAAUAUCGGGAUGACCUGGAUGAUCAGGGGCUGGACAGUGAAAAUUCCCUGGAGAACAAUGCUCUUCGAUCUAGCUCGAGUACGACGGCCAGCAGUAGUCCCAGCACAGUCAUACAGGGCACCAACCAUGAAUCCAUCGAUUCGGCAGAGGCAGAUGAGAAGACAUUGACUUUCCACAACCACAUCUCAGCCACGUCAAUCCAGGCCUUUGCCAAAGCUAAUCUGGAGCGUCGGGAGAAUGAUGGGUUGUUGGAGGGGCCAGGCCGCCAGCGUGACUAUGACAACCCAUACUUUGAGCCUCAAUAUGGCUUCCCUGUUGAGGAGGACGAGGAAGAACAAGGGGAAAGUUACACUCCCAACUUUGCUCAGAACAUUGACAACAGGCCUCUGAAACCUCCCCGUCCCAACAGUCUGAGACUCCCGAGUGACUCUGAGGCUGAGUCAGACUCGCGGGCUAGUUCCCCAAACUCCACCAUCUCCAAUAACAGCAGUGAGGGCUUCGGAGGAUUCAUGUCAUUUGCGAGUAACAUCUACAAGAGCCGUGGAACCAGCUUCAGCCUCUCCAACCUGGCUCUACCAACCAAAGCAGGACGAGAGAAGAGCACACCAUUCCCCAGCCUCAAAGGUAACAGACGAGCCCUGGUUGACCAGAGAUCCUCGGUUAUCAAGCACAGCCCGACUGUGAAGAGGGAAUCACCCUCGCCCCAGGGCAGAGUGAAUAACAGCAGUGAGAAUCAGCAAUUCUUGAAGGAACUGGUACAUAAUGUUCUUGAUGGUCAGGGUGUCGGCUGGUUAAAUAUGAAGAAAGUCCGCCGCCUGCUGGAAAACGAGCAGCUUCGAGUCUUUGUCCUCAGUAAACUGAACAGGACCAUCCAAUCGGAGGAGGAUGCUCGGCUUGACAUCUUGAAGGAUGUGGAAAUCAGUAAAAAGGUGUACAGGGGGAUGCUCGACCUGCUGAAGUGCUGCGUGUCCAGUCUGGAGCAUUCCUACAGCAAUGCUGGUCUAGGAGGGAUGGCCAGUGCCUUCACCCUACUUGAGAUCGCCCACACACACUACUACAAUAAAGACCCUGACAAGAGGAAACGCAGUCCUACAGAGGGAGGUUCAGUGCCAGGUAUUAAGGAGCCUGUACCCUCGAAGGGGGAAAUGAAACAUCCCAGUGUGGCAAUGACCCACCUGCAACUCCCACCGAAAGCUCCCGUCAGCAAGGGGCUGGGCGAGUAUGACACCCGGAGUCUGAAUGAAGAAAAUUUUGUUGCUUCCAUCGGUACUGAGGGUUCCAAACACUUGCCUGACUUGGAUCCAGAUGAGAAGAAGUCGCAAAUCAGUGCGGACAGUGGCUUGAGUGCGGUCAGCUCGCAGAAGAGCGACAGCGAGUCUAUCACCAGCUCCGAGCCGCCUGCACUCACCAGGAGCACCAGCCAAGAAUCAGAAAGCAGCACCGUGGUCAGUAACAGUUCUGGAGAGACACUGGGAGCCGACAGUGACUACAGCAGUGCAGCUGGAGAAAGCAUGCCAGGCAAAAGCUCCUUGGGGACCGCAGUAUCCAGAGGGACUCUCUCUGAUAGUGAGAUCGAGACUAACACUGACACCAGAUACAUAUUCGCAAAAUCGCACAUGCUGGGACCUGGAUUCAAGGCUGUUAAAGGUGGUAGUGGGUAUCCACAGCCUCCUGUACCCCCAGAGGAUAUCAGUCAGAGGGUUUACCUGUUCGAGGGUUUGUUGGGUAAGGAACGCUCGGUGCUGUGGGACCAGGUCCAGUUCUGGGAGGACACUUAUCUGGACGCAGUGAUGCUGGAGAGAGAAGGAAUGGGCAUGGACCAGGGGCCUCAAGAAAUGAUUGACAGGUAUGAGUCACUGGGGGAGCACGACCGGAAGCGGCUGGAAGAUGAUGAGGACCGCUUGCUGUCCACGUUACUCUACAAUAUGAUCGUCUACAUGCUGAUGGUCAAGGUCAACAAGAACGACAUCCGGAAGAAGGUGAGGAGGCUGAUGGGUAAAUCACACAUUGGACUGGUGCACAGUCAGGAAGUGAACGAGCUGCUCGACCGCCUCCCACACCUGGACAGCCGUGACCUCCACAUCAGACCCUGUGGUAGCCGCCAUAUCAAGAAGCAGACGUUUGUGGUGCAUGCAGGAACUGACACCAAUGGCGAAAUCUUUUUCAUGGAGGUUUGUGAUGACUGCAUAGUACUGCGCAGUAACAUCGGGACUGUCUACGAGCGCUGGUGGUACGAGAAACUCAUUAACAUGACGUACUGUCCAAAAACCAAGGUCCUGUGUCUGUGGAGACGCAAUGGACAGGAGACCCAGCUCAACAAAUUCUACACCAAGAAGUGUCGCGAGUUGUACUAUUGUGUGAAGGACAGCAUGGAACGUGCAGCUGCAAGGCAACAGAGCAUCAAACCAGGUCCUGAGCUUGGAGGCGAGUUCCCGGUUCAGGAUAUGAAGACGGGAGAUGGCGGCCUGCUGCAGGUGACCCUGGAAGGGAUCAAUCUGAAAUUUGUGCAGAGCCAGGUUUUCAUUGAACUGAGUCACAUUAAAAAGUGCAAUACAGUCAAAGGAGUCUUUGUCCUGGAAGAAUUUGUUCCACAAACUAACGAAGUGGUGAUCCACAAGUACAAGACUCCAAUGGCCCAUGAGAUCUGCUACUCCGUGCUGUGUCUGUUUUCCUACAUGGCCGCAGUUCGGGGGAAGGAAAUGGAGAGCAAGAACAACAAGGUGACCCCGGCACGGUAAAGACAUCAGCUCAACACACAAACCCAAGCUCCAGUACCUAACACACAAGCCUACCUGCCCUCACCACCUGAUUCCGCAAAACUGCAACUCAAAUCAGGCCGGGAUUAUCGCAACUGAUGGCUGCUCAACUUGCUCAACUCCUAAACUACUGCAUUUGCCUGAGUCGUGUCCAAUUAACUGACCAAGUUAAACUCACUUCAAAUACAAUCUUCAACAAUGGUCCCGCAAUGGAUUCUCUGCAAACCCACUUGUUGAGAGCCAUUCCUGCACUGGAUUCCCUGCAUAUUUGCUAAUUGAGAACCACUCCUGCACUGGAUUUCACUGCAUAUUCACUCGGCGAGGACCACUUCUCCACUGGAUUUGCUGCAUAUUUACUCUUGCACUGGGUUCACUGCCUACUCGCUCACCAAGGGGUGUUUCUGCACUGGAUCUACUGCAUAUUCGUCCAGUGGAAGGCCAUUCCUGCACUGAAUUCACUGCAUUUUCGCUCACAAAGGGCCGUUCCUGCACUGGAUCCACUGCAUUUUCGCUCACCAAGGGCUUCUCCUACAUGGAUUUACUGCAAUUUUGCUCACCAAGGGGCAUUCCUACACUUGAUUUACUGCAUUCUCUUUCACUGGGGGCCAUUCCUGAACUGAAUUUACUGCAUUUUCUCUCACUGAGGGGCAUUCCUGCACUGAAUUCACUGCAAACACACCCAUCAAGGACCAUUUCUUCACUGGAUUCACUGCAUAUCUCCCCACCCCCCCCCGCCAUUGAAAUCACUUCUACACUGAUUUCACAAUGGUUUCCCAUUAAGAACUAUCCAGACUUCACUGCAUAUUCUCCCAUUGAGGACCACUCUUGCAUUGGAUUAACUGCUUUUUUCCCCCCAUUGAGAAUGACAACACUGGAUGAAUUUACCCAUUUAAGACUACUUUUUUGCCAUUUCACCCAGGAAUUCUACAUUAGAUUCACAAUAUGAAAGCUGAUGGGGCCACUUCAACACUGCAAUUGAGCCCACUCAGGACUGCCCAUUUAAAUCACUGUCCCUUCAUCUAUUCAGGAUCACCAAGUACACUGCUUGCUACGAAUUGACCUAGUGUGGAUUGCUCCUCCACUGGAACUUCUGGGAUUUAACUGCUUACUUACUGUUUCACCGAAUUCACUGUAAAUUUGACGAUUCGGGAGCUGCUUUCACACUGGAUUCACCCACUAAGGCGCAACCUUCCACUGGAUUUGCCCACGAGGUGCAACCCUCUACUGGAGUAACUUGCAGACGUUCCCUAGAAGUGUGACCCUCUUUUGAUGUAUAGACUAGUCCUAGCUGUUUUGCUGUAUCCAUUCUAUGUUCAGUGUAAAGAGUUGAGGCACUGAGACUCUGUUUUCCAUUAUUCCAUGUUGUCCACACCAUCAUUCAAAGCUGAGCCGACCCAUCCUGAGCCUGUUCCAACUUCAAUCCACAAUGGCCUGGUCCUCAGCCAGAGUUUUUGCCCUUCACUCUAAUCCUGCCUGUACCACUGCACAGGCCAGGCCUGAUACAUGAGUUGCAGAGGCACAGGAUGGGAGCAGCCACCCCAAGACACUUUGACCUGCUGAAUUCUCCUGACCCUGUGAUGAUUCAUCUGGCUGAGAUGUGUGGCCUCCUAGCCUGCAAGCUUAGUGUCCAGUGCAGCCAAAAGCAUCCUUUUAGUAUAUAAUGAUAGCUGUCUACAGUUUAGCAGGGAUUCCUAAGGAGCAGACUGUCUUCACCAUUCACUGAUUGAGCCAUUGGGUUAAAGGGAGAGCAGCCAGUUAGCACUCUGCCUGUGGGUGACAGGGAAAGUCUGGUGAUUCCCCAGCAAUGGCCUGACACAGACUUCUUGCCAACACCACCCCAACAAGCCAAUUGUAACAUGCUCGCACUCACUGGCAUCUUCAAACACUGCCUCUUGGUUAUAAAGCACUUAGAAGGGGUUCAGAAUCUACUCACCAUUGAGCCACUUUCAUUCCCUGCACUCCCACCGCUCCCUGUACGUGACGCCUACACGCAGUGUUUGCCACCUCCUCCUCCCCCAUGCCCCCUUAUUUAUCACGUCCCAAUCCCUAGCCUUUCCAGUUCAAACACUGUAGGUCAUGGAAUGCAUCAAUGAUAACAACAAUCCACUCAAAAAGAGUAACUUUCUUCAAUGCAGAAGCCCAGAAACAACUCAAAGUCAGACUAAUAGGGGAGUAAUCCUCUCCCUGUACUGAGUAACAGGGGAGUAAACCUCUCCCUGUACCCAGAGUAACAGAGGAAUAACCCUUUCCCCGUACCCAGGGUGAUAGAGGAGUAAUCCUCUCCCUGUGCCAAGGGGAAUAGAGGAAUAAUCCUCUCCCCAUACCCAGAGUAAUAAAGGAGUAAUCCUCUCCCUGUACCAAGAGUAGUAGAGGAAUAACCCUUGCCCUGUACCCAGAGUAAUGGAGGAGUAAUCCUCUCCUUGUACUCCGACAAGUGCCAGUGACUUGUCUAUAUGCGUUCCUUUCCUCAUUGGCAGUGCUGUUGAUGUAUCUCCCCUUCAACCCCCUCUUUUGUCCCCGUAGGUCAUACACUUAUGGAGUGAGCUGAAGGGUAAGUGAAGUAGUGAGUAUACAUUGUAAGGAGUGACCACUGUCAGAGUGCCUGAUGAGGCUUGGACCUUCAACCUCCCUUCAGGACUAGAGUUUGCUGCCAGCUUCUGCUGUAUGCUGUGUGUUUUUCUGUUGGGUAUUUGGAUUUAGUUUGGCCAGAUAAGUUCAUAUUUUUUGUAUUUGAUGCUUGCUGAUGUAGGAUGCAUUUUUGGUGUAAAUAUUUCAGUAUUAUAUGUAUUUAUAGCACUGUACAGUAACUUGAAUGUUGCAAUAAAACCUUGUCCCUGUG